UUUGGAAAGUUGAUUCGAUCAACAAUAGCGGGGGCGACGACGAUGAUGUCGGAUCUUCCACGGGACAUGGAAGAGGAGGUGCUCUCUAAGCUUCCGAUGACAUCUCUGAGAAGAGCUCGAUUCACCUGCAAAAGGUGGAACAACUCUUUAUCAAAAAAUCUAAGCUUUACAAAAAAGUACAAAAACGAAGCAGCAAAGAGGAAGGAGGAGUAUCAGGUGGUGAUGAUGCUCGAAUACAAGGUUUACUUGAUGAGCGUCAAUCUCCUCAAUCCAUCUCCAUCUAUCGAGCCUAUUGGUAAACUCUUUAGCCUAGACGACGCUACUCAUGAUGGAGUCGACAUAGGUAAAAUAUUUCACUGCGAUGGUUUGUUGUUAUGCGUUACCAAAGACAGAACUAGGCUUGUUGUUUGGAACCCUUUCAAUGGGCAGACGAGGUGGAUCCAACCCAGAGAUACUUACCACAGCUGUGACAGGUACGCUCUCGGAUACGAGAAUACGACCAAGUACUCGCGCCGUAGCCACAAAGUCUUGAGAUUUGUGGAUGAUUACGACCACAGCUUAAAGCGCCGAGUAUGUGAGUUUGAAAUCUUUAAUUUAAACACUAGUUCUUGGAAGGUUGUUGAUUUCAAUCCAGGCUGGAUGAUGAUACAGUAUUUUUACCGCGGCUUGUCUCUCAAGGGCAAUACUUACUGGUUUGCCGAAGAGAAUCUUGUUGGCAAAAUAGGAAGAGUUUUUUUACUCUGUUUCAACUUUACAACAGAGAGUUUUGGACCGCGUCUGCCUCUGCCUUUUCGCGGUCGCUAUGGAGAUACAUUGUCUCUAUCUAGCGUUCGAGAAGAGCAGCUUGCUGUCUUGUUUCAGAAAUCUGAUGCACCUGCAUACACCUUGAAGGUUUGGAUUAGUAGCAAGGUUGGUCCCAAUGCAGUGUCGUGGCACAAGGUGUUCUUAUCGGUUGAUAUGAAACCCUUCACCGGUUUUCAGUUUCUGAACUACGCUGGAAGUUUCUUUGUUGAUGAGAAGAAGAAGGUCGUUGUGGUUAUUGAUAUGACUAGAAGUCCUCCUUUGCCUAUUCGUAAUAUGGCUUACAUCAUUGGUGAAAAUGGAUACUUCAAAACUGUGGAUCUCGGUGAUUUUGCCAACCGAAAUUGCUGGCCACUUGUGUGCUCUUAUGUUCCAAGCUCGGUGAAAAUCAACCAAGCUUCACCACUAGGCAACCAGAGGAACACACGAUCGUAAAUCUUAUUAACUUGUUAUUCUCGUGUUUACUUCAUAUUUUCAUUUUUUUUCUUUCUAUUAUUAAUUUGAAUCUCUUCCCACAUUUCUUUGAAACACUCAAAUACAUCUUAAAUUGUCUUUGCA